AUGCAUAUUCAAAUUGGACAUCAAGAAUCUAUUAAUCUAUCAUCACUGAAUACAUUUGGUGAUGUCAUUCAAGGUCUAAAUGAUCUAUUGGGUGAAAAUUCAUAUAGUAUUGAAAGAAAUGGAAAGAAAAUCGAUUUAUCUGCUGAAAAUCAAUUGUUAGAAGAUGAAAUCUAUAAAGUUUGGCCAAAAGUUUUGGGAGGAAAAGGUGGUUUUGGAUCUUUAUUGCGUUCAUUUGGUAAACAAAUUCUUAUAUCAAAAAAUAAAGAAGCUUGUCGAGAUUUAAAUGGACGACGUAUGCGAGAUGUUAAUAAUGAGAAAAAACUUAAAGAAUGGAUGCAAAAGCAAUUAGAAAAACCUGUUACACCAUCAUCUGAUCAAAAAAGUAAAUCAUCAGCAGAUGAAGAUCAAAAAGAUUAUCGAAAUGUUCCACCACCACAUAAAUUUUCUGAUGCUGCUUAUGAUGAACAAAAGAAACAAAUUGCUGACGACAUGGAUGAAUCUGUACAAAUAGCUGCACAAUUAAUUCAAGAGGAAAAAAGAAAGAAAAAGAAAAAGUCAUCAACAGCAAUUAGUACAAAUGACGAUGAUGAUAAUGAUAAAAAAGAUAAUGACGACGAUGAAGAUGUUGAAACAAUAGCAACGACGAAAAAGCGACGUCAUUCAGAAGAUAUCCUGGAAGAUGGAGAACUUAAAAUGAAGAAAACAAAAAAAGAAAAAGGAGCAAGUGCAGCAUUCUUCCUUGGUAUUGAUCUUGGUGAUGUAUCAACAGAUGACGAUGAUGAAGACGAACCUGUAGCAAGUGCUAAAAAGAAAAAAGUUGCUAAGAAAAUCUAA